AUUUUUUUAAAAAGCCAUGAAAAAUCAAGAAUUGGUAGAUUUUCUAAGAUCCUGCGGCGUUUGCGAAGUUUGCCAGCUGCGCUACUUGAAGGCGAGAGGCUCCGAGUAUAAGGAUAUAAAUGAAACACUGCGAAAUUUGGAUAUAAAAGUGAAUGAAACUGAUGAAAAUGGAGAGGUUACUCCUUCAUCAGAUGAUCAGCCUGCUAAAAAACCCCGCCUUGCCAUUUGCUCCACAUGUUUGGGUUUAUUUUCGGAUGAAUUUCAAAAGGAGCUCCUGGAAGGAAUCCUCAACUCUGAUUUUGGUAAAUACGAUUGCCAGACAAUUGUUUUAGCCAUUAGUUUGCCCAUGAUCCUGCAGCUGAGGCAGCUGGCCAUGUGGUAUGCCCUGCAGAGGAAAUUCGGGCCGAUAAUAGACUCCAAUAAUCCCCCGGAUGUCCCAAUCAAAGAGGCCGUAAAGCUUAUUUUGCACCCAAUAAUAUGUGAAAAAUUGGGUAAAAAGUACGACGCUGAUGGGCUAAUGAUUAGUGUGGAUCUCAGGCACAAACUGGAGGAGGAGGAGGUUGAGAAACUGGUGAAGCUUAACAAGGAAGCCUUUCCCUAUAAGGCUGCCCACCAGAAACGCAUCGAAAUCUCGCGAGGAUUGCUGGAAAAGCAAUAUCAACCUGCGAAAGUCAAGGCGGAUACUUUUGAGAAGUAUUUCCAGAUACCCUCUCCAAUUGUUGAGGAACCCCUGGAGCUAAAAAACAUUGAACUUCAAGGUCCUCUAGUCUGCGUGGCUGGAAGAUAUCGAAAAGUAAACCGCGAAAUCUCGCACACACCUUGGGUCCUCAACGGUCAGAGAGUGAUGGAGGACAGCAUCGAGGAGAUAAUCAUUCGGAAUAUUGGACCCCACUUCACGGAGAAGCCGGAGAAAAUCAUCUUUAUGUCAAGUGGUAGGGAAGAUGUAGAUGUUCGUUGCUUGGGCAAGGGAAGGCCCUUUUGUCUUGAGAUUCCCAAUUCCAUCAGGAGUUCACUGUCCCAAGAACAAGCCUACAAAAUGGAGCAGGCUGUGGACGAAUCAGGAAAAGUUUCUAUAGUAAAUCUGCAAGUAGUAGCAAGGGAGGAGCUGUCGCAUAUAAAAACAGGCGAGGAGCAAAAGAAAAAAUUCUACCGUGCCCUUUGUGCUCUGAAGGAACCUGUAACAGUGGAGAUUUUGGAAAAUCUUCAGAUAUCUGAAAGUUUUGAUAUCCAACAGAAAACACCCAUACGAGUCCUUCAUCGUCGUCCUUUGCACACGCGACCCAGGACAAUUUAUAGUGUUAAAGCCCGUGUCCAACGUGGCAAUCCACAAGCAUUGAUUGUUGAUAUUGUUACUCAAGCUGGGACCUAUAUAAAGGAGCUGGUUCAUGGGGAAUUCGGAAGGACCACACCCUCAUUAUCCUCGAUCAUAGGCCAGGCCAUGGAUAUUCAAGCUUUAGAUGUGGUCGGAAUUGACUUGGAAUGGCCUCCGGAAGUAGAUAAUUCAUUGUCUGCAUUAAAAAAAUAACGUGAUGACUUUUUUUGGACGACUUUUAUACUUUAAAAGAUAUAAGAUUAAAGUUCCAUUGUUUAUAUUAUAAACAUUUCUUUGAAUUUUGUAUUUAUUUGUAUAAUUUUCACAUUUUUAUUGAUUUUGUGGAUUUGAAAAAUCAUUUUUGUGCGCGUGUUUGAAAAGGACUUUCAAAAAAGAUCACAUUUCAAUCCUUAAAGGCACAGAUAUCGAUCUAUCGAUAUUUUUAAGUCGAUUAUUUUUCAAACAGAUUUCGACCUUGGUUUUAAAAGUUUUUUUUGGCUCUAUCGAAUUCUUAUAUUUUGAUUAGCAAACAAUUUCAAUAUAGAUAUGUGUUUUCUUAAAAAUGUUUUUAAUUCAAAAAUUAAAUAAAACUUAAAGUUAAAAAUACAAAAAAGCGAUUUACUACACUUAAAAUAUAGAAGCAGUUGGCAGCUCUCGCCCAAAAUUCUCUUAUCAGCUGGGAGGCAGCGAAGAAGAAGAACGUGCGCGAAAAAGAAAAAAAUAAAACCCGAGUGCUGGGAGCUUAAUGAAUAAAAAGUAAAUUGCUACUUUUCCAGCUAACUACGUGCGUACAAAUAAACGCAAAUCGAAUAGGUGGGAAUCAGGCAACGACUGGAGUUUCAAAUUAAAGUUAAAUCAAUUGCAUUCUUAUCAAUUGGAAUAUCCGCGUCCUAUAAAUAAAUAAUAAUAAAUGAUGAAUUGAAAUGUGCGCAAAAAAGUGAAAGUGCAUAGACAAUAGUACCGCCCACGCCCAAUUUUUCCAUUCCAGCCUCCCUCAAUUCUCCUCAGUUGUGCGGUUGUGUGUGUGUGUCUGUGGGUGUGCGAGUGUUUGGCUUUUUUUUUGGGUAGUAGAGCGUCCGGCGACCUUCACACAACCUUCAGCUGCAGCAACACGUUGUGUGGAAAUGUAAUCAAUAGAAAAGCGGCGCCCAGCAGCCGUUGAAACAAACACAAGCCCCAAAGAGAGGG